AUGCCUCAAGUGCGAACGUCACUGGAAGAACUGGAGCGGAUCAUUUACUGGCAGCAGUGGAUUCUCAAGCUAACUGGAAUCCACAUUCACAGUGCGGACUUUAAAUUCGGUUUCAUGACCUGGAUUACGAUACUUACGGCAGCAUUUUUCACGGGAAUACACAUCGUAGAUAUGUACCUUUUUCGAGAAGACCUGUUUAAUUUCACCUUUGUGCUGGUUACCUUCUGUUACUGCGCAAUCGGAUGGGCUAGACUUUGGGUUGGCUUUAAGGAAUCCAAAUCAAUCUCAUCGUUGGUGUCGAUAGCUGUGGCAGCGCACAGAAAUGGUUCUGUAGGUGGGUUUGAGCAAAACAUUUUAAACAGUUUCACCAAACUUCUGAAACAAGCUGUCAUUAUCUACACCGUAUUGUUCCUUGGAGGAUGUACAGUUUGUGUACUUUUGCCAGUUGUCAUUUAUUUAUGGAAUGGCAAUGUUUUGUUGCCUUUUGGAGUUAUCCUGCCAUUUGUGGAUUCUAGCACGCGUACAGGUUAUCAGAUUAAUUAUAUCUAUCAGGUCAUAUGCACGCUGCAUUUUCCACCAGAAGUGGCCGCCACUCAAAAUAUGUAUUUCGUGUUAGUCUUCAACAUUUGCAUAGAGUAUGACAUGCUUGUGUUGAAACUAAGCGAAUUAGAUGAAAUGAUUAACAACAACAUUGAGGGAAGUCUGAAUGAUUCGAUUCAUAAUAAGCUGGUUGAUAUUAUUCGUUACCAUCAGCGGGUGAAUGAAUUCGUUUCGAAGUUGGAGGAAUUGUUCUCUCAUCAGCUGUUUUUGGAAAUCACCAUCGACGCUUUGCAGAUUGUUUUCACCUUGUUUGUUUUGCACAUAGAUUUCUGGAUGCCCGGUUACUUGGUGAUCCUGGUUGCGACCUUUCAGCUGUUUCUCUACUGCCUCUUGGGAACGUUAAUCGAAAUUAGAACCGAUUUAUUUUCGAAGCGUAUCUACACUGUUAACUGGCAUAAACUAAUGAAAAGGGAGCAGAAGAUCGCACAAUUUAUGCUCCUGGCAUCUCAGAAACCACGUCAUUUGACGUAUGGAAGGCUGAUGCAGUUGAAUGUGAACUUUUUCCAAUCGAUUUACCGAAAGAUCUAUUCGGUAUUUAUGAUGUUACAAAACAUGAACGAGUGA